AUGGAAUCCGAGGAAGAACCACCCGGAACAAUUCUAGUGCCUAUAGAUCGAGCACAACGCGAUCGACCCAUUCCGAAUGGGACCAAGUUCUUGGCGCGAGGAAAUGCAGCAGAUGUCUGGUUGGUUGAUAUUCCGGAUGCACACGGUCAGAAGUAUGUACUCAAAGCCGUUCGAAUGAGCUUGGAGUCACUUCGAGAGAAUCUUAAUCCAAAGAGUUCGAAAGGAGCGACAGAAUUGUGGGAAGUAUUCACCAGCGCUUUCCUAUCAAAGGUUGAGCAAUGGAAAGCUCUGCGACAUACACACGUUAUUAGUCUGUUCGGUCUUCAAGCAGAGCUGGUGAUUUACACCGAGUUCUGUGUAAAUGGCACUGCCACGCAGUAUUUGAGUCAGCAUCCAGAAGACCACAUCAGCCGACGGAAAAGCAUGAUUUCAGAAGUCCUGGCUGGAGUAAACUAUCUGCAUCUGCAGAAUCCCCCGGUCAUUCAUGGUUGUAUUUGCAUGGAUAAAAUCUUCGUCGACAUGCAUGGUCGAGCUAAGAUAGGGGAGUUCGGACUAUCGAAUUUGGUCGAAGAAUUUGGGCUUUUCGUCCCUUCUAUAUCCCAGGUCAGUCGGAUUCGAUGGCUGAGCCCGGAGCUUCUGGAUAUCAAUGCCGAGGAUCAUGUUCCGAUCCCAACCGUUGCAUCUGAUGUUUGGGCUUUGGGGUGCACAAUAUUUGAGAUUAUGAGUGGAAAGCUACCAUAUUUCAAAUUUAAGCAUGAUCUACGAGUGCAGCAGGAGAUAUUAUCGAAGAAACUCCCUGGUCGCUCAAGCAAUUGCCUUGAUACUGAACUCUCAGAUAGCUGGGCCACGCUUGCUCAAUGUUGGGUCUGGAUGCCAGAACAACGGCCAACGGUUGAUGCGUUGGCGCGAUCAGCUCUUUCAGCUAUGGACAAAAACGCAGAAAUGGAUGUCGAGGAACCAGCAUCAGAGAAAGUUUUGGCAGAAUUAUCUCAGCCUUCUGUCGAUCGUGACCAGCCCCUAUCAUAUCAGCGAGCAAUACCUGUUCAAGAGUAUUUGAUUUCGACCAUCCAACCAACCUCAAGAUACAGACCACAGACUAGACUCAACACUUCGACAGACGUACAGUAUCCACCGACCCGAAUGAGAGGCUUGGCGUUUUCAUCCGGUAGCUUUGGCCGCAAACGCGCUCGCUCCCAAACGCGCCAGCACUCAGCGGCUGCCCCCGGUGGAAGUUAUGCAUUUACAUGUGAGAAUUGCAGACAGUUCAGGAUGAAGUGCAGGUAUCCCCCUGACUCAAAUACCUGCUUUCGCUGUGAAUCGACCGGAAGUGAUUGCAUCAUUCAGCCACGGAAAUUCAGGCAGACCGUUAGAGGGCCAGACCAGCUCGCCGCUCUUCUCGAAGAAAAGGAGGCGGUCGUUCAAGGCCUUCUUCAAGUCCUUUCCAGAAAGGGGACAGAGGAUGAAGCAAAUUACACUGAGGACAACCUGCACUGGACUGAACGAGGGGUUCGUUCAUUGAUCGCUAGUAAAACGCCUUGGGAAUACCCCCAGUCGAGGGAAGGAGCGCAAUUACCUACGUUUCUCGAGCAAAUAGCUGGUUCAUCGCCCAAUGCUCUGAAUACGCGGGACAUGGGCGUUACUAUUGGGCCGGCAUAUCAUACUCAGGGAACGGACAAGUCUGUACCUGCGAACUUGUCAUAUACUCGACCGGUUCAUGAACUGAAUCCCGAACUAAGGAGGAUUUAUAAGAGGCAGAUGAUACCUGAAACUCCGAUAAUGAAGAUACUUGGCGAUGAUGAAGUUGAGCAUUUGUUUUCUAUUUUUCAUGAUAAGCUUAAUGUGUCAAUUGCGCUCUUGGACCCCACGAUUCACACUGCUUGGAACGUUAAAACAUGCAGCCCGUUUUUGUUCACAGUUAUCUGUGGUGUUGCGUCGCGAUACUGGGCUGAGCGCCCCGCAAUGCAUGCAACCCUAAUGCAACACGUUAAGUCCGCUGCCGUGGCCGCGAUAACAGAAAACCAGAAAACUCUCGAAGUGUGUCAGGCCUACCUGCUACUUAGCAUCUACCAACAGCCCACGAAAGACUGGCCUGAAGAUCGAGCAUGGCUAUACUUGGGGCUUGGACUGGAUUUGAAUCUGCACCAAGACGUUCCGGCAGGUUAUAUGAAUGAUACACAUGAGAGGGACCAAGAAUUGACAACUAUGUUUGGCCGACCUUCUGCCAUCCCCGAGAAUUACAUUUCCAAUCGUUCUCUAGAAUGGCUGAGAAGUUCACCAUACAACAGACUUCUAGACUUGCAUCUUUGUGAUUAUAACAAACUACUUCACGUUGUAGCAAAAUAUGCUAGUAAUAUUUAUUCGGAUGUGGAAAGUACGACCGGCUUUAAUUGGAACACCGACUUUGCAUCAAUCGCUCUUGCGUUUGAUGAAGAAAUAAUGCAUUUCAUGGAGGGCAUCAGGUAUAGUCAUGCAAGCAGUCUCGAGCCAUCGCCUCCUUCGUACCAAUAUUGGCUGGGACAGAUGUCAUUAGCGAUCAAAUACUACCACUUAAUGAUGCACUCGCUUGCGCUGGAGCGUUCGUACAAGGCAACCAGCGUAAUUUCAGCCGCGCUUCUCGCCCCUGCAAUUGAUGCAGCUUCAGAGAUAUUGCAUACCAUGAACGAGAACCUGCAAAGAUAUGAAUCUUAUCGACACUCACCGGACAAAGCGUGGUUGUGGUCGGUUUAUGCCGCCAUGUUCUUGAUCAAGUUCAUUAAGCCACGCUCUACAAAAUUACUGCACUGCACGUUAACUGACUUGCAACGCGAGAGAGCGAUUCUUCUCAUUGAGACGCUCAUUCGUAACUUGAGGACAAAUGCUGUGGAUGGCCGGCACAUUCCCGCCUUGUACGCGCAGUAUUUGUCUCAUCUUCUGGUUAAAACGGCUGUAUCAGAUGCACGGGAGAUGGAGCAACCGAACCCCGACAUCCGAGCCAGUGUAGGUUUAGAUAACCAGUGGCCUGGUUUCUCCACAGAUAAUCCUAUUUUUGAGGCCGGACACGAAAGCUUUUGGGAUAACCUUCUAUUACCCGGUAUUUGGGGAAUUUCGAUGUUCUUAGCAUAA